AUGGGAGGCGAUGGGAUCUUAAAGCCAAGAGCCAACAAGACGCACUCCAAUUCUGCCAUUAGGAAGAGUCAAAUGCGGAUUGUACCCGACGUAAACCCUACCGGCAUCUCGACCGAACUGUUUCAUUUCAUCAAGGCUUUUUGCUGCGGGAAUAUAAUUACUUGGAUGUUCCUAUUCGCGUUCCUCGUCAUUCCUAAUACCACUCAGUACACCGGAUUGGGGAAAGGGGGCGGAUGGAACACUACGAAACGGGAACACGUCGCGAGAAGGCCUAUCGUAUUAGGUGAGAAUGCAUAUCGAGCUAUUAAAUCCCAGAGGAGACUCACAUAG